AUGGAGGACAUUACGUCCCAGCUCUCGGCUACGGAGUGCAGUCCGAAUAUCCCUCUUGGUAUGAAGAAUAGGCAAUCAUCAGCAGUAAUGGAAGUCGUCCACAGGCACGGUCCAUGUGCUGACGAGAGUAAUGAAAGAAAAGCUAUAUUAUCCCGACCCAGCGCAGCCGACAUCCUUCGCAACGAUCAUUUAAGGGUGCAAUCCAUCAACAAUCGUGGUGGUGAUGUUCGCUCUCCCCUCAUCUCUGGCGAUUCCCUAGACGCGGGCAACUACAUCGUCACCAUGGGCCUCGGCACGCCAGAACAAAAGCAAUUCCUCAUUUUAGACACCGGCAGCGGCGUGACGUGGGCUCAAUGCAAACCGUGCCAUUUGGGAGAAUGCUAUAGUCAGAAAGGCCCAUUAUUCGACCCUAGCAAUUCAUCUUCCUUCUCCUUCAUCCCAUGCAAUUCUAGUGAUUGCUCUCUCGUGCCUCACGGGGACUAUCAAGACUGCUCCUCAUCCGACAAAUGCAUCUACUCCGUCACAUAUGGUGAUGGCUCCACUACCACUGGCUACUUAAGCAUAGACACACUCACAGUCUCACCAAACGUGGCAGUACCAGAUUUCCUGUUUGGCUGUAGCGAAGAGGCUGGGGGCCUUUUCGGACGUGUAUCUGGACUUCUGGGCUUGGACAGAGGAAACGUGUCCCUAGUUUCCCAAACUGCUGAUAUAUUUCAUGAAUGUUUCUCCUACUGCUUACCUUCCAACACAUCCUCCAAAGGCUUCCUGGCAUUGGGAAAAGAUUACGAUGAUGCCACCCAAUUCACGCCAUUGAUUUUCAAACCGGAACACCCAUCGUUCUACUACAUCGACAUAACCUCCAUAGCCGUGGAAGGAAGCGACUUACCCAUCGGUCCAGAUGCUUUUACGGGCAGCGUUAUCAUAGACUCGGGCACAGUGAUCUCCCGUCUCCCGUCGAAUGUAUACAGUUCGUUGAGCAACAAAAUUACGGAGGUGAUGACCAAAAAGUACAACUACAGCACUGCACCACCAGUUGAGAUACUGGACACUUGUUUUUUUCGCAAGGAAAAAGAUGUUGCUCCAUCUAUGUCCUUCACCUUUCAGAAAAACGUGCAAAUUCAUUUGGAUGCCUCCGGAAUAUUUUAUGUUGUCGACAAAUCGGUAAUGUGCCUUGCUUUUGCCGGGAAUACAGACAUUGUCGAUUUCAUCAUUUUUGGCAACUCGCAGCAAAAGACAUUCGAGGUCGUGUACGAUGUUGCCAACAACAAAUUAGGGUUCCGCCCAGGCAUGUGUGCUUGA